CGUGUCCUCGGGGAGUGCUUUACUUUAGGAGCCAGUCGGAGAGGGAAUAUGGUCCAUAGCCGAGCGCUCGCGCACGGGGCUCAGUGAGCGAGACAGCAGCUUUUCAAGAAGCCUUUACACAAGAGCAGCAGCGCGUGGACUCCCGGAGCUGAGGAGGCGCGUGAGCACGCGAUUACGCUCAACUUUCGGUAGUGAGAAGCCGCGUGAGCAGCGCGAGCUGUGCGUCUGCUGUGGACUGACUGGAGGAGCGCCUGUGCGCGUGAGGUGACUGACCAGCUUCUGUGGGAUUUGAUGUCACCUUUAGAUCGGUCCAACUGAAGAUGGAAACCCUGGAGUCCGAGCUGACGUGCCCGAUCUGUCUGGAGCUGUUUGAGGACCCUCUGCUGCUUCCCUGCGCCCACAGCCUGUGCUUCAACUGCGCCCAUCGCAUCCUGGUCUCACACUGCUCCGGCACCAAGCCGCUCGAGUCUGUCUCAGCCUUCCAGUGCCCCACCUGUCGCUACGUCAUCACGCUGAACCAGCGCGGCCUGGAGGGCCUCAAGCGCAAUGUGACGCUGCAGAACAUCAUUGACCGCUUUCAGAAAGCCUCCGUAAGCGGGCCGAACUCGCCCAGCGAGAGCCGCCGCCCGCGGCCCUACAGCGCCACGCUUGGCGGCGGAGGAGGGAGUGCGCGGUCCAGCCCGGCCGCUAACGGCAGCGUCACUGGCAUCAUGUCGGCCGAGCAGCGUGUGGCCUGCCAGUUCUGCGAGCAGGAGCCUCCACGUGAGGCGGUAAAAACGUGUGUGACAUGUGAGGUGUCAUACUGCGAUCGAUGCCUGCGCGCCACACACCCCAACAAGAAGCCCUUCACCAGCCACCGGCUACUGGAACCCGUGGCCGAUGCCCAUCUGCGCGGCCUGGCAUGCCUUGAGCAUGAGAAUGAGAAGGUGAACAUGUACUGCGUGGUGGAUGAUCAGCUCAUCUGUGCCCUGUGCAAGUUGGUGGGGAGGCACCGUGAACACCAGGUCACCUCGCUCAGUGACCGCUUCGACAAGUUAAAGGCUUUUCAAGUGAGCCCUGGCAGACUAUCUGAAGCGGUUAUGGAGGCAUCAAAGACAAGCGCCGCGCAAACCCUGGAGAAUAACUUGACCAAUCUGGUGAAGAGGAACAGUGAAUUGGAGAACCAGAUGGCUAAACUCAUCCAGAUCUGCCAGCAGGUGGAGGUAAACACAGCCAUGCAUGAGGCCAAGCUGGUGGAGGAGUGUGAUGAGCUGGUGGAAAUCAUUCGCCAGAGGAAACAGGUCAUCGCUGUCAAGAUCAAAGAGUCCAAGGUGAUGAAGCUGCGAAAGCUGGCUCAGCAGAUCGCUAACUGCAGGCAGUGUCUGGAACGUUCCAGUGCCCUCAUCACCCAAGCUGAGCAGAGUCUGAAAGAGAAUGACCACGCCCGCUUCCUCCAGACUGCCAGAAACGUGGCUGAAAGGGUUGCCAUGGCCACCGCCUCUUCACAAGUUCUCAUCCCAGAUGUCAAUCUGAACGAAGCCUUUGACAAUUUUGCCCUCGAUUUCUCCCGAGAGAAGAAAAUCCUGGAGGGGCUGGAUUACCUAACAGCCCCUAAUCCGCCGUCUAUACGAGAUGAGCUGUGCACAGCUUCCCACGAUACCAUCACCGUGCACUGGACCUCCGAGGAUGAGUUCAGCGUCACGUCUUAUGAGCUGCAGUACACCAUCUACACGGGCCAGACCAACUUCAUUAGUUUGUAUAACUCUGUGGACAGUUGGAUGAUCGUGCCUAACAUAAAGCAGAAUCACUACACUGUGCACGGCCUGCAGAGUGGCACCCGCUACAUCUUCUUCGUCAAGGCCAUCAACCAGGCAGGCAGCCGCAACAGUGAGCCGGCACGUCUCAAAACUAACAGCCAGCCUUUUAAGCUGGACCCAAAGACGGCUCAUAAGAAGCUGCGGUUAUCCAAUGACUGUCUGACUAUGGAGAAGGAUGAGAGCUCUCUGAAGAAAAGCCACACUCCAGAGCGCUUCAGUGGUACGGGCUCCUACGGGGCUGCCGGCAAUGUCUUCAUCGACAGCGGCUGCCAUUACUGGGAGGUGCUGCUGGGUGCCUGCACAUGGUACGCCGUGGGUGUGGCUUACAAGUCGGCCCCGAAGAAUGAGUGGAAUGGUAAGAACUCAUCAUCGUGGGUGUUCUCGCGCUGCAACAACAACUUCCUGGUGCGGCACAACGGCAAGGAGAUGCUGGUGGAGGCGUCGCUGCAGCUGCGGCGGCUGGGUGUGCUGCUGGACUACGACAACAACGCACUAUCCUUUUACGACGCCAUGAACUCGCAGCACCUGCACACCUUUGACAUCUCCUUCCUGCUUCCCGUGGCCCCUACUUUCAUGAUCUGGAACAAGUCGGUGAUGAUCUUGUCUGGGCUGCCGGUGCCCGACUUCGUGGACUGCCCUGAGCAGCAGGAUGGUGGAUGCCGGCAGCAGGAUUCACCCUACAGCUCGGGCUUAAAGGGCUGCAACUGAGUCCCUUAAUGUUAUGGAAACUCUUCCCUCCGAGGGCCCAUGGGCCAUUUUUCCUCUUUCUGCUUCCUCAACUCUGAUCUCAUUUUUUGACAGAAUGAAAUUGGUGGCGCUUGGUUUGAAGGAUGUGCUUAGUUGCUCCUGAUUGCAGUCAUAGACUUUGAGUUGUGUCGUGUGACAAGUAGUCAUGGAUUGCAAGAUCUCUAAUGGAAACAGUUUAUAGAAAAUGAAACCAACAUAAAUUAUUUAUGACUAAUAAGAUGGUUUGCUUUUUUUGUUGGGUUUUAAUGUAUCCAUAAAAGCACUUUUUAGAUUGAACAUAGUGCCCCUGCGUGUAAAAAGACUUGAUUGGGGACAGGGCUGGACAUCCUUUGGAUAGAGUAUAGUGGAUUUAUCUUCUAUAGAAAAAAGGGAUAUGAAUAUGGUGUUUCUACUGAGGUUAACAUUUAUUAUCUGAUAAAGCUAAAACUCACACUUUUUUCAUAUUCAGGGAGAACAAGAUGAACCUUUUCUUUGCGUUUUGUCUAGACGUUUAUGGCAUGAGACGUAUUUCCUCUGUGAUUUGUUCCCACUCUAUUGGUUUCUUGGGGUUUUUUUUUUUGUUUGUUUUGUUUUGUUUUUGUUUUUUUGUGAAAAGCAUGCUGGUCCCACUGGUGAUUCUAAACAUGUAUCUAUACCGAUCCGUAUAGUAUUUUUAUUGUAAAACAAUCCAUCUAUGGAUGCUUCCCACCAUUUACAUUCAUACCAACUCACAAAAUCACUGUGUGUCUUCAGAAGACUUCAUAGAGCAUAAUGUACACUUUUUCCCAUGUGCAGACUACAUUGAAUGUUUGAAAGGAGGUUCAGAUUAUCACGUAAUUUGUUACUCAUCAGAUCAAUACAAGGCAACGUUCUGAGGGUUUUGUUAGGCUUCUCUGUUGAAAAACACACUUCGAAAGACCACCCUAAGCAAAUGUGGCAUGGACGCCUUAUUUUUUUUUCUUAAGCCCAUAAUCCACCAGGUUUAUUUAUUUCAUCCCUGUUUUAUGAGUUCACAUCUCAUACGUGAUUCCUCAGUACAUCAUUCAGGGAGAAAUCGGUGGGUCCUGUUGUAGACAAUCACUUGUACUAAUGCGAGCAAAAAGAAAACGUUUGUGUAGCAAGAUGACGUAUAUUUGCAAUAUUGUGUUAUACUUGAGAUCCUUCAUGAAACAGAAGUGUGCAUCCAAUUUAACACUGGUUUGCCCUUGUGUAGGCAUAGAGGAGCAGACAUACUACUGUUGGCGCUGUCCUGCUGCAGCUGGAGCCACACAUCAGUGGGGUCUCCCUGUCCAUCUGUCUCAUUAUCUCUGUCUUUCUGACCCCAUGUCCCCUCAGCUAACUACACCUCCCUUCACUUCUCUUUUUGCUUUUAGACUCUUUUUAUACAAACAUCAUAAAGCAUGCUUCUUAUCUAAUGGACCAGCACAGCACUGAUGCAAACCCCUGAGAGUCCUUCUUUCUAGAACAGAGUUGGUUCUGUUACUAAUGCUAAUGGAAACAUUCAGGGGAUGUUGAUUUACAGGCACAUGAAAUGGGCAGUUGUGGAGCCUCCAUUGCCACAAGAAUAAUUAUAGCCCUUGAUUUCUCCUAAGAGUUACCAGUUACAUACACCAUAACAUACUGCAUAGAAGGGCUCAGCCAGCUUUCAGCUGUCCAACAUUUCAUGCUUUAUAUUAUAGCCAGAUGACGUGGUGGACCACGCUUACGAAAGCAAUAUUUGUGGCUUUUGACAGGUCAGUCCAUUUUGAGCAUUACCAUGUUGAACAUUGCUGAGACAUCUGAGGGAACUUCAGACAAGCUUCGGAUUUGGAUUUCAAAUCUCUGAACACAUUUCAGAAUUCACUUGGGGUGACUUUGAAAGCAAUGUCUUUUCCAACACGCUUGAGUCUUACUUAGAGGCUGUUGAUCUCAGAGCUUAACUGACAAGUUCAAUGCAUUUGUUCAAGUGUGCUUCACUGGGUCCCAGCGUGACACUCUGGCCCAGGUAGAAUGGCUUCCUCCAGUGCUCUGUGCUGUUUUAUAUGAAAACAUUCAUGGAGAAUGUCCAGCAUAGAAAUCAUUGAUAUUUGUGUGUUUCUGCAUAUCAGGUUUACAAUUCGCUGUGUGUUUCUUUGAGCUUACGAGAACAGACUGAUGAACCAUUUACAUUUCCAUUGUUCAGUGAUUAUUUUUACAUCUGCAGUAAAGAGAAACGACUACACUUUGCUAUUUCCGUCUUUAUUAAAUGAUCAAACACUA